CAUUUGGCGGCGCGGCGCCCCCGGAGGAGGAACACAAAGCCCGGGCACGUGCGCCGCCCCACAGAGGCGCAGCCGACCGUGAAGGGAGGCGGGGCCGGGCGUGUGCCGGGCCCGGGCGGGGCGGCUCGGGCAGAGCGCGGGGCCCGUGCCCGCAGGUACAUCUGCCGCACCUACCGCGCGACCCCCGAGCCCGGCCCCCUCCCGGCCGCCCCGCGCCCUCCCACUCGGCCCGACGGAGGAGCUGCGGGCGCGCUGAUUGGCUCCGGCGAAGCGGGAGGCGAGAACAAUGGCCCCCUCCCCCCGUUAAAAGGGGGCGGCGCGCGUGCAGGGCGCAGAGCCGAGUCGCCGGGCGACGGGCUGGGGGCUCGGAGGGGCCCGGGCAGAGCGCGACGCGGAACCCGGCCCGUGCCCGGCCCUCGCCGCGCCUCAACAUGCCCCGCGGCUUCCUGGUGAAGCGCAGCAAGAAGUCCACGCCCGUGUCCUACCGGGUCCGCGGCGGAGAGGACGGCGGCGGCGUGCUGCUGCUGUCGCCGGGCUGCGGGGUGGCUCCGGCCGAGCCCCCGGCGCCGCCGCCCGCCGAGCGCGCCCAUGCGGCUCUGGCCGCCGCGCUCGCCUGCGCGCCCGGCCCGCCGCCGCCCCCCGCGGGCCCGCGCGCCGCGCACUGCGGCAACCCCGAGGCGGCGCACCCCGCGCCCCUCUACAGCCCCACGCGGCCCGUGAGCCGCGAGCACGAGAAGCACAAGUACUUCGAGCGCAGCUUCAACCUCGGCUCGCCCGUCUCGGCCGAGUCCUUCCCCACGCCCGCCGCGCUGCUCGGGGCCGGCGGCGGGGCCGGGGGCGGCGACCCGCUGCUCUUCGCGCCCGCCGAGCUCAAGCUGGGCACGGCUUUUGCCUCCGGGGCCGAGGCGGCGCGCGCCCCUGGGCCCGGGCCCCCGCUGCCGCCGGCCGCCGCCCUGAGACCCCCGGGCAGGCGGCCCGCGCCCCCCGCCGCCGCCGCCGCCGCCGAGCCGCCAGCCAAGGUCGCGAAGGCGUCGGGCGCCAAGAAGCCCAAAGCCAUCCGCAAGCUGCACUUCGAGGACGAGGUGACGACGUCCCCGGUGCUGGGGCUCAAGAUCAAGGAGGGCCCGGUGGAGGCGCCCCGGGGGCGCGCGGGGGGCGCGGCGCGGCCGCUGGGCGAGUUCAUCUGCCAGCUCUGCAAGGAGGAGUACGCCGACCCCUUCGCGCUGGCGCAGCACAAGUGCUCGCGCAUCGUUCGCGUGGAGUACCGCUGCCCCGAGUGCGCCAAGGUCUUCAGCUGCCCCGCCAACCUGGCCUCUCACCGCCGCUGGCACAAGCCGCGGCCCGCGCCCGCCGCGCCCCGCGCCGCCGAGCCCGAGCCCGCCGCCAGGGCCGAGGCGCGGGAGGCGACCGGCGGCGGCAGCGACCGCGACACGCCGAGCCCCGGCGGCGUGUCGGAGUCGGGCUCCGAGGAUGGGCUGUACGAGUGCCACCACUGCGCCAAGAAGUUCCGCCGCCAGGCCUACCUGCGCCGGCACCUGCUGGCGCACCACCAGGCGCGGCAGGCCCAGGGCGCGCCGCCCCCGGCCGAGGACCUGCUGCCGCUCUACCCCGGGCCCGAUGACAAGGCGCCCCCGGAGGCGGGGGCCGACGGCGAGGGGCCCGGCGUGCUGGGGCUGAGCGCGGCCGCCGAGUGCCACCUGUGCCCCGUGUGCGGGGAGACGUUCCCCGGCAAGGGCGCCCAGGAGCGCCACCUGCGCCUGCUGCACGCCGCGCAGGUGUUCCCCUGCAAGUACUGCCCCGCCACCUUCUAUAGCUCGCCCGGCCUCACGCGGCACAUCAACAAGUGCCACCCGUCCGAGAACAGACAGGUGAUCCUCCUGCAGGUGCCCGUGCGGCCCGCCUGCUAGAGCGCGCCCGCGAACUGUGCCUUCGCCCGGAGAGCCGCGGCGAGAACGCGCCCCGCGCGCCCCGAACCCGCGUCCGCCUGCCCCACCCCUCACCCCGCCAAAGUGUUGUCUCCGCUUCUCCCGGUGUGGCGUGACGGUAACCC